UUCACCUUUGAACCCUGCUUGGCGCGCCCGCUGCUAUUUGUCAAGAUCCGGAGCGGGGACUCCUCUCUUAAAGUAUGUUUAAAAUAUUAAAGUAGGUAGAGCUGUGUCAUGUAGUUCAGAAUAAUACAAGCAGAAUAAGACAGACACAAUAUUACGCUGCUUGUACGGCGAGACAAAGUCGGAAGAAGAGGCAGUUGUGCAUAUUUCGCCAUGCUUUUGCAUCUCUGCAAUGGCUGAGCAGGAUUCCCAGGCCCUACCGCUGAGCCAGGAGACCUUUCAGGAGCUGUGGGACCUGAUAACUGUACCUGAACUUGAUGAUUAUUCUUCCCCUGGCAACAGUGGAAAUGGGGAAAACAGCUUGCCUCCCUCCUCCAUCCUACCUCCAGUGACUGAAGCACGCCAUGAGCCCAGCUCCACGUCCCCGCUGACCACUGCCUGCUCGGGGGAGUUCGGUUUUCGGCUCGGCUUCCCAGAGUCUGGUGUGUCCAAGAGUGUUCCGUUCACGUACUCCUUGGAUCAGAACAAACUCUUUUGUCAAAUGGGCAAGUUAUGCCCUGUGGAAGUCCGGGUGGACCAUCCUCCACCACAGGGCGCCGUCCUGCGUGCAGCAGUUGUCUACAAGGGCCUGGAGCACAGAGGUCUUGCGGUGCGUCGUUGUCCCCUCCACGAACAGACCAAUGAGAACAACGACGACUCCACCCCCCGCAGUCACCUGAUUCGCGUGGGAGGCGGCCUGCAAGCUCGCUACGUGGAGGACGGACACAUGAGUGUCGUGGUGCCGUAUGAGCGCCCACAGCCCGGCUCAGAUGGGACCACGGUGCUCUACAGCUACAUGUGUAACAGCAGCUGCAAGGGCGGCAUGAACCGGAGGCCCAUCCUGACUAUCAUCACGCUGGAGACGCCGGAGGGCCAGCUCCUGGGCCGCCAGUGUUUCGAGGUGCGAGUGUGCGCCUGUCCCGGCCGAGAUAGGAAGUCCGAGGAGGACAAGCUUCGGAAGGCGAAUGAGAAGCCCGAGGACAAGACCGCCCCCAGGACCAAGCGCAGUAUCGCAGUGGUGUCCCGUCCGGCCUCUCAGGAAAAGCCCCGCAAGCAGGUGAAGCGCACCAGUAGUGAGGAGACCUUUCUGCUGGAGGUACACGGGAAAGAGCGAUUUGCAAUGCUGACGAAAAUCAACGACGCUCUCAAUCUCAUGGACCUGUUGCCCCCAGCAGAUCGGGACAAGUACCUGCGGACAAUAGAGCUCCCGAAGAACCAACCAAACCAGAAGAACAAGCACUUGACCAGAAAAUAGGGAAGAUGCUCCUUGUGAAGGAGGAGAGCAGCUCGGAGAUGAUGUAUCUGGCAGGGAUUGCAGUGCCUUCAUCCUGCACGUCGUGCUGCUCUGCUUUCCAGUUCUACUCUUUUUCUGCUUUUGCUUUGCUAUUUUGCGAUAUUUUUUUUUUUUGCUAUUAUUCUGAAUGAAUUCAGAGUAGAACUGGCAGGUGUUGUUUGAAUUUUCUGUAAUUCCCUUGAGCAAUUUAUAUGCACUGUGAAUUAAAUAGACUUCAGUCUUUCCCUAUAAAAGAACUAAAGGGGAAUACAGGCAGUCCCUAGGUUCUAACCCUAAUCAUACACUAUAAGACUAAAAAACACCCUGUCACAUCUUAAGACAGUGUGACAUUUAGUCACAAACUACAGUUCAGACUUGUGCUCUCGCAGCGUCUUUCUGAUGGUGGAGAAGACUCACCUAUUGCUGCUUGAUGUCCACACCAGAAUGAGCUGAAAAUAACCACCUAUAUUAAACAUGAUUGAUCUUAUCGAAACAUCCAGACCAAAAGAAGACGGCCAUCCCCACCACUUUGCAUCAAGCAAUCGAGAUGACGAGAGCAAAGCUCGGGAUUUUAUACUGACUUUGGAAGCACGUUUACAACAGGUUAAUCACAUGAAAAAUUGUCAGAUGUCGCACCAGUAUAAGUCUGUCCUUAGGUCAGUAGGUGAGUGUGAACAUUAAUUCAGCAAUAAUAAAAAUAUAUAAAAAAUAUAUCGUAUAAUACUACACAUAUAUUAUACAUAUACUAACACUAUACUACACAUUACAUUUUUUUACUACACAUCUUUAAAUUAGGCUAGAAGUUUCCUAAAUUUAGUUGGAAGUUCUGAAACUGUGGGUUUAAAUAUACACUAUUUUAUUAGUUAAGCUCUGUUUAUAACACUUAUAAGGAAACACAGAUGUACAGAGGCAGUUAAUUAAGAUCACUGCUCAAAGGAGAAAAGGCCUGUCUGACAACUGUAAUUUGCCUUCCAUUAUGCAAAAUUUUGUUCAUUUCAGUGCAUGUUUACUGUACAUGGGGUUGCUGAUAGCCUGUCGCAUCCCAGCAGCUAAAGACUGUGCUUCUAAACACAGGAUUUGGUUUCUCUCAUUUCUCAUUUUCCUCCUAUAUUAGUUUUAAUUCAUUUCAUUUUUGCAUAAAAAUUAUGUUCUUAUGUGUGCAGUCUCCUGGCUUAAAUGUGCAAAAAUAAAAAAAUAAACUCA